AGAAUGGCUACAAGAUUCAAAGGGCUUUAUCACAAGAGCUUCAAGUGUUUCUCCGACAUUUUCGAUGAGAAGGAGGAGGAGAUGGAAAUUGGAUAUCCAACAGAUGUUCGACACGUGUCGCAUAUCGGUUGGGACAGUUCAUCGAGUAGUGCACCAAGUUGGCUACAUGAGUUCAAGACGAGCAACAACGUUUUAGAGCCAAAUUCAUCGUGGCCGUAUCAAGGCAACCACAUAAAUAAUUUGAAAUCAGCCAUGGAAGCAUUUGGAGAACUUGAAAGCAGCAAAGAAUUGGGGAGAGAAUCAACAAAACAAAACCUGAAGAAGAAGCUCUCUUCAAAAGCCUCUCUAUUGUGUAAUCCAUGGUCACCAAGAUUCUCAAGAUCAAGCAAG